AUGUCUGACGCAAAGAGGAGACACGAGGAAGACGAAGAUGAGGGACAAGCUGCAGACUAUAUUGAUGCAAGCUACGAAAGUUAUACCAGCCAGUCUAAUGAGAGCUUGGAGGAGUUUGAGACAAUUGAUCGAGGCGUGGUCGAGCUAUCAGGAACAGACGCUGGGCAACCAGGAACAUCACGAAGAGGAGUAUCAGAAGAUUUACAAUCCCCUCCGGUGUGGGCACUGCAAUUACAAGACAUUCCAAAACGAAGAAGAAUUGUGCAUGAUGUGUUUCCCGCCAGAGACGACGGAGAAGCUCAGGACAUUUGUAAUGAAAUUAUUAGAAGAUUUGAACUCGGACCAACACAGUACGGAGUCGCGGCAGUCUCUGUCCACACACGAGACACUAGCAUCCCACACGUCCACGUUGUCCACGACUGCAGCUGGAGCAACGGGAGCUGCCGAUGUGUAUCAUUCUCUGGCUUUGUGCGACGACCAAACCGCUCAUCUGUUUGGACUACAAGCGCAACAGCAUGGGACUUCUUCCAUCUUAUCCAGUAUUUGUAUAGCCACCCCCGAGUAUUGGAAUACUUUAAAGUGGGAGGAGCCGAUUGGGGUCGUGACUGUAGAGCUCAAGUUGUGGGACAAUACGGCCAUUCAGGACACGAGUCCUCAAGAGUUUUGGAGGUUUUGCACUCGCAAUUUGCGUGUCCAGUUGCAUGCAACGACACCAUCGGAAGUUCAUCAGGCCAUUCAAACGGUGAUUCGUUAUGCAAACGAGAGGGCGGGAAAGCAAAGGCCAGAAAAUGUUCAAAGAGAAAAGCGGAAGAACCCCUCUACGAUUGGCUCAGGGAAAACCCCGUAUCGCCGUUGACUAACAUUGUCCGCACACCAAAGUGGCUUGCCGACCCCAACUUUAGGUUUAUCAGGCUCGAUGACAAGCACUUGCAGAGGGCCAUUCAAGUGUUUAACGACGAGAUGUGUAGUUACACCACUCUGGACUUUAUUGAACUAUAUAAAAACACGCAGCCACUGUUUGAUGCUCCACAAGGCGAUUUGAGUGCCUAUUACAUGAGUAUCGAGGAGUCGUUUGACGCCGUGCUGGAACUGCUGAGCUUUCAGUUUGAUGACAACCAGCCCGAAAUUUCCGACUUUGUAAACAACCUCUAUAUGCUCGUGGAAAAACUGGUACCCAAGAAGAAUUGCUUGGAGGUGGUGUCGCCUCCCAGUGCUGGCAAGAACUUUUUCUUUGACGCUGUGCUUUCCUUUUAUAUUAAUAGAGGAACCAUCCGCAACUUUAACCGCUAUUCCAACUUUCCUCUACAAGACACUGUAGGGCGUCGCAUACUGGUGUGGAACGAGCCAAACUGCGAGUCGUCUGCCUUUGACACGGUCAAGAAAAUCUUUGGCGGAGACGUGGACUCUGUGGCUGUCAAGUACUCUCCCGACCAGACCAUUUCGAGAACGCCCGUCAUUGUGCUGUCGAACAACGAGGUGUUUCCGGACGACGAUGCCUUUAAUCACCGCAUGUUUCGCUACAAGUGGAAAUCUUGCCCCUUGCUCAAGCGCCACGACAAGAAGGUGCACCCCAUGUCUCUUGUAAUGCUGUACGACAAGUAUGUACUCGACGCCGACUAUAUAACUGCACGUCAGCACCAAUAAACUUUACAUCCUGAGUACUUGGUCAAUGCUUUGCAUUUUUCGACUACAACUGCAACAACACAACACAAAUUAGGUUAGGUUAGGUUAGGUUAGGUUAGGUUAGGUUAGGUUAGGUUAGGUUAGGUUAGGUUAGGUUAGGUUAGGUUAGGUUAGGUUAGGUUAGGUUAGGUUAGGUUAGGUUAGGUUAGGUUAGGUUAGGUUAGGUUAGGUUAGGUUAGGUUAGGUUAGGUUAGGUUAGGUUAGGUUGGGUUAGGUUAGGUUAGGUUGGGUUGGGUUAGGUUAGGUUAGGUUAGGUUAGGUUAGGUUAGGUUAGGUUAGGUUGGGUUGGGUUGGGUUGGGUUGGGUUAGGUUAGGGUUAGGUUAGGUUAGGUUAGGUUGGGUUAGGUUAGGUUAGGGUUGGGUUGGGUUAGGUUGGGUUAGGUUAGGGUUAGGUUAGGUUGGGUUAGGGUUAGGUUAGGUUAGGUUAGGUUAGGGUUAGGUUAGGU